AUGUUCUCCAGAAGGAGCCAUGCCGAUGUCAAGAAAUCUACACAGAAAGCUCUGGACCCAAAGAAGGACGUCCUGACCCGCCUCAAGCACCUCAAAGCGCUGCUGGAUAUUGUGGAUGGAACUGACCUGAAGCAAUUUUUUGAGAUCAACUAUUCUCAAAUUUAUUUUAUCUUCUAUGAAAAUUUCGUAACACUGGAAAAUAGCUUGAAACAAAAAGGGAAUAAAUCACAAAGGGAGGAGCUGGACUCCAUUCUGUUUCUUUUUGAAAAAAUAUUACAACUGCUACCUGAGAGGAUAUUUUAUCGAUGGCAUUUCCACAGUAUAGGGUCAGUUUUGAAGAAACUUUUGCACACUGGAAACUCUAUUAAGAUAAGAUGUGAAGGAAUCCGACUAUUUCUUCUUUGGCUUCAAGCACUUCAGACAAACUCCACAGAGGAGCAAGUGUUAAUUUUUGCAUGCCUAGUGCCUGGUUUUCCAGUGAUCAUGUCAUCAAGAGGUCCCUGUACACUGGAUACACUCAUUAGCCCUACUCCUAAUUUGCCUGAUGCAAAGAUUUAUCCUGAAGAAAUAACUCCACUUCUGCCAGCUAUCUCUGGUGAAAAGGUUGCUGAGGACCAAACCUGCUAUUUUCUUCAGAUAUUGUUAAAGUAUAUGGUAAUCCAGGCUGCAAGCUUAGAGUGGAAGAAUAAGGAGAACCAAGACACUGGUUUUAAGUUUCUCUUCGCCUUGUUUAGAAAGUAUUAUCUUCCUCACUUGUUUCCAUCUUUUACAAAACUAACCAACCUCUACAAACCUGUGCUUGAUAUUCCUGACUUGAGGCCAAAACCAGCAUACAUUACUGCAACUCGGAAUAAUGAAAACAUCUACAGCACGAAAAUCCCAUUCAUGGCUGCUCGUGUUGUUUUUAUUAAAUGGCUUGUAACCUUCUUUCUUGAAAAGAAGUACUUCACUUCAGUGCAGAAUACUAAAAAUGGAGGAGAAAUGCUGCCUAAAAUCAUUCAGACUGUUGGUGGUACAACUCAAGAUAAAAACCCCGAGUUGGAAACUAGUGUGCUAUCAGAGCAAGAGAAAAAUCAUUCCAAUAGCAGCACUUUGUCUGAUAGGAGACUCAGUAACUCUAGUCUUUGCAGCAUCGAAGAACAACAUCGGACAGUGUAUGAGAUGGUACAGAGAAUUCUGUUGUCCACUCGAGGUUACGUCAAUUUUGUUAAUGAAGUAUUUCGCCAAGCUUUUUUGUUGCCUUCCUCUGAUAUAUCUGCAACACGGAAAGUGGUUAAGGUAUAUAGAAAGUGGAUAUUGCAAGACAAGCCUGUGUUCAUGGAAGAACCAGAUAAACAAGAAAAUAUUCAAGAUAAUGUGUCCAACUUGGAACAUACAGAGACAGAUUGCAAACAUCUUGCCUCUGGUCAUUCUGGACAUAAAAGAUCUUCCAGUUGGGGAAGAACUUACUCCUUCUCUAAUGCUGUUAGCAGAGGAUGUAUACUAGAAGAUGAAGACAAGAAUGUUAAGGCUGGUGCUCAGGCUUCAUUACAGGUGUUUUUGACGAACUCUGCGAAUGUUUUUUUAUUGGAACCAUGUGCUGAAGUCCCUGCUCUCCUGAAGGAACAAGUUGAUGCUUGCAAAGCAGUUUUGAGUAUUUUUAGGCACAUGAUAAUGGAACUUUCAAUGAAUAAAAAGACAUGGGAACAGAUGUUACAAAUACUCCUGCGAAUAACAGAAGGUGUCAUGCAGAAGCCAAAGGAUAACCAAGUAAAGGACAUGUUUGCUCAAAGCUUGGCAGGAUUACUUUUCAGGACUCUUAUUGUGGCUUGGAUCCGAGCAAAUCUGAGUGUUUACAUUUCUCGAGAACUCUGGGAUGAGCUGCUCAGCUUACUGUCUUCCCUUACUGACUGGGAGGAGCUGAUAACUGAAUGGGCCAACAUCAUGGAUUCUCUAACGGCAGUGUUAGCAAGAACGGUGUAUGGAGUUGAAAUGACAAACUUACCACUGGAUAAACUAAGUGAGCAAAAGGAAAAAAAACAAAGAGGCAAAGGUGGCAUCUCAGAUCCUCAAAAGGCAACUACAGUGGGACGAUCAUUUUCAUUAAGCUGGAGAAGUCAUCCUGAAGUUGUGGAACCAAUGAGAUUCAGGAGUGCUACUACCUCUGGAGCACCAGGAGUCGAGAAAGCAAGAAACAUAGUCCGACAAAGAGCAACAGCUAAGCGAAGCCAGUCUAUCAGCAACUGUGUUCAUCUUUAUGAGGCUUUGCCAGCCACUAAAAGUGUACCUCUUCUGCUUCACACUGUGAGCUCUCUCUUACCUGGUAUCUCUUACACUUCUUGCUCUCACAGACUUUCAGAAGUUGAAGAAGCUCAGCAAUCAGAAAAUACAACAGGAGCAGAGUCUAGUGGCCUCUUUGCAGACCAGGACCAACAACUAACUCGAAGCAGUAGCACUUCAGACGUUACAGACCAAUUUAGUUCUGAUUUUUUUCAAGAUAAAAAGACUGAGAGUUCGCAGAAUUUAAAUUGUUCGGAUUCCAAAUCCAUUCAAGACAAGAAGGGAUAUAUGAAGAAAGAAAAUGAAGCCGAACAUGUUUUAAUACGAAGGAGCAGCAGUCCAGCUGAAUUAGAUUUGAAAGCAGACUUGCAGCAGUCACAUGGAAAUCAUAGAGAAAGAGAAAUGAGUGAAAGUGUUAGCAGUGACACGUUCAUUGGCUACAAUAAUGAAGUAGAGAUUACCCUGGUCCCCUGGCAAACAUGUGAAGAAGAACAUGAAGUUAAUAUACCAACAGAUGUUUGUGUAGAUGCAGAUGCUCGUCACUGGCUGCAGCUUAGUCCUUCUGAUGCUGCAAAUUUAACAGACAGUAGCGAGUUCCUUGCUGAUGACUGCAGUAUAAUUGCUGGUGGAAACCUCAUAGGUUGGCAUCCUGAUUCAGCUGCUGUGUUAUGGAGAAGGAUCUUGGGAAUUCUUGGAGAUGUGAACAAUAUCCAAUCUCCUAAAAUUCAUGCCAGAGUUUUUGGGUAUCUCUAUGAACUAUGGUACAAACUGGCAAAGAUAAGGGACAAUCUUGCUAUAAGUUUGGACAACCAGUCUACACCCUCUCCUCCUGUUUUAAUUCCACCUGUCAGAAUAUUUGCAUCAUGGUUGUUCAAGGCAACAACCUUGCCAAAUGAAUAUAAAGAAGGCAAACUUCAAGCAUACAGGUUGAUCUGUGCUAUGAUGACUAGGCGCCAAGAUGUUUUGCCAAAUUCUGAUUUCCUAGUGCAUUUUUAUCUCGUGAUGCACAUUGGCUUAACUAGUGAAGAUCAGGAUAUUUUAAAUACCGUCGUAAAACACUGCCCAUCUUGCUUUUUCUUCUUGGGUUUACCUGGUUUUACAAUGCUGAUAGGAGACUUCAUCACAGCUGCAGCCAGAGUCCUUAGUACAGACAUGUUGGAGGCCCCUCGCUCAGAAGCUCAUACCAUUCUUGGUUCUCUUGUUUGCUUUCCAAAUAUCUACCAAGAAAUCCCUCUAUUACAACCCAUCCCUGAAGCUGAUGAAAUCAUCACAGGAGCUGCAGAUGUCAAAUGUUACCUCAUAAAUAUUCUAUUGAAGAAUGCCACAGAUGAGCCCAGUGAAGCUGCAAGGUGCAUAGCUGUUUGCUGCCUUGGAGUUUGGAUAUGUGAAGAACUAGUACAGUGCACAAACCAUCCUCAAGUGAAGGAUGCAAUAAAUGUUAUAGGUGUAACACUAAAGUUUUCUAAUAAACUGGUAGCUCAGAUAGCCUGUGAUGUUCUUCAACUGCUAGUUUCUUAUUGGGAAAAGCUUCAGACGUAUGAAUCCUCUCUAUCCAGGAAAAUUACUGAAAUUCUCGUGGCCACCAUUGCAUUUCUUUUGCCAAGUGCUGAAUACUCCUCUGUAGAAACAGAUAAAAAGUUUAUAGUUUCAUUAUUACUUUGCUUGUUGGAUUGGUGCAUGGCACUACCAAUGAAAACCUUACUAGAGCCAGUAUCUACUGUUCUGGAAGAUCAACAUUCCUCCAAAGCUCCCUUACUGGAUUACAUAUAUAGGGUGUUGCACUGUUGUGUUUAUGGCUCAAGCACAUACACGCAGCAAAGCCAUUACAUAUUGAGCCUUGCAGAUCUCUCAUCUAAUGACUAUGAUCCAUUUUUGCCAUUGGGAAAUGUCAAGAAUUCUGAGCCAGCACAUUCCCAUUCCACCCCAGAUUUGGGAAAUCUGCUCACUGUUGUUGAGGAAAAAAGAAGAAGAAGCUUGGAAUUAAUACCUCUAACUGCACGGAUGGUUAUGACACAUCUAGUAAACCACUUAAGUCACUAUCCCCUCAGUGGAGGACCUGCUAUUCUUCACAGCCUUAUUAGUGAGAAUCAUGACAACUUUUAUGUGGAAUCUUCUGAGCUGUCUUCAGAAGUCUUCAAAAGUCCAAACUUGCAGUUAUUUGUAUUUAAUGACAGUACUCUUAUAUCUUACCUUCAAAUUCCUGCAGAAACGACCGUGGAUACUGAGCCAGCAGGAGCCCUCUCAGAUGUAAGAGUAAUUGUCAGAGAUAUCUCAGGGAAAUAUUCUUGGGAUGGCACGAUAUUAUACGGACCUUUGGAAGGCUGUCUAGCACGUCAGACUGGAAAUAAUUCAUUUAUGGUUUCGGGCAAUCAUGAAGGGCAAUUUGAGGCCCAGACAGACUUUUCUCAAACAGAAGAAGGAGAGGAUGCUCUUGACGAAUUGCUAGAAAAUAUUGGUAACACUAGUCCUGAAUGCCUUUUACAUCCACAGCUAAAAUUAAAUGAACCAUCACCACCACCAUUUGGUAUGAGCCAUGAUCAAGAGAAUGAGAUCAUAGAAGCCAUAAUAAGGCAGAGUGCCCAAGAAAAAGAGCAUGUACAUAAAUACAGCUCUGAUUUUGAUAUGAAAGUAGCCAGUGAAGAAGAACCAAGUUCUGCUGAACCACAAGCACCAUUUUAUUUCUGUAGGCUGUUGCUAAACGACUUAGGAAUGAAUUCUUGGGAUAGAAGAAAAAGCUUUCAUCUACUUAAGAAAAAUUCUAAAUUAUUGAGAGAGUUGAAAAAUCUGGACUCCCGGCAAUGCCGUGAAACUCACAAGAUUGCAGUGUUUUACAUUGCAGAAGGACAAGAGGACAAAUGCUCAAUAUUGUCCAAUGCAAGAGGAAGCCAAGCAUAUGAAGAUUUUGUUGCUGGAUUGGGCUGGGAGGUUGAUCUUUCAACACAUUGUGGAUUUAUGGGUGGUCUGCAACGUAAUGGCAGCACAGGACAAACAGCACCGUAUUAUGCUACCUCUACCGUGGAAGUCAUUUUUCAUGUGUCCACAAGAAUGCCGUCAGAUUCAGAUGAUUCACUGACCAAAAAGCUUCGUCACUUGGGAAAUGAUGAGGUUCACAUCGUCUGGUCUGAGCACACCAGGAACUACCGCAGGGGUAUUAUACCAACAGAUUUUGGAGAUGUUUUAAUUAUUAUUUAUCCAAUGAAGAAUCACAUGUUUUUCGUGGAAAUAAUGAAGAAACUAGAGGUCCCAUUUUUUGGUCCUCUCUUUGAUGGAGCAAUAGUGACUGCAAAACUGCUGCCAAGCCUUAUAUGUGCCACAUGCAUUAAUGCCAGCAGAGCUGUGAAAUCUCUCAUACCCCUCUACCAGAGCUUUUAUGAGGAAAGAGCUCUAUAUCUUGAAGCAAUAAUCCAGAAUCACAAAGAAGUAAUGACAUUUGAGGAUUUUGCAGCUCAGGUCUUUUCUCCCUCUCCUAGCUACUCUCUCAGUGGAACUGGCUGUCUCGCUAUGAGUGCGAGUGCUGAUCUUACCGUAACCACAGGAAUAGAGUUAGCAGAGCAGACCUCUCCAACACUACCCCAUGCCACGAAAACUUCGUCGCUCUGCUAG